GCCAUCCAGCUGCGCAUCGCAGCUUUGCUUUGCAGGGGCGUCAUGGCGAGGUAGAGCCUCAGUUUUUUUUUCUUGCCGAAAACCUGCUGUCCAACUCCAAAUCUUUCCCACCCCUUUCCUGCAAGUCCCAGGAACCUCCACCAAAACAAAUCCAGGAUUCAAGCAUGCCGCCGCAACAGCCGGGAUCCCUCCUCCUCCCCAGCCCCCCAAUCUCAGCCACAACAGCUGGUUUUCCCCGACCGAGAGAAGACGGAGACACCGCCGAGUGAUGCAUCUGCCGCAGCCUGCAACCACGCUUAUCGUGAGGACCCGCCAACACCACUGUGUUUGACAGAAGACCAACAACCGCCCCUAAUACCCUCUCGCACACACACUUCCGACCCCCAGGAUGUCCGACUGCAACGCAAGCCCCGCGGAUCGGCUGAUCAAAUCGGUCCCCUUCCCUCUGGCCCAUCGGCUGACCAUGAAGGAGGUGUUUGAUGCCGAGGGCAGACCGAGGGUGGACCUGCUCAAAGCUCACCUCACCAAGGAGGGCCGACUGGAGGAGGCAGUGGCCUUGCGUAUCAUCGAUGAGGGUGCUGCCAUUCUUCGCCAAGAGCGCACUAUGUUGGACAUUGAGGCGCCAGUAACAGUGUGUGGAGACAUCCACGGCCAGUUCUUCGACCUGAUGAAGUUGUUUGAAGUGGGAGGUUCCCCUGCCAACACGCGCUACCUCUUCCUGGGGGACUAUGUAGACAGGGGCUAUUUCAGCAUUGAGUGCGUGUUAUACUUGUGGUCAUUGAAAAUCCUCUACCCAAAGACACUCUUUCUUCUACGGGGAAAUCAUGAAUGUAGACAUCUGACGGAAUAUUUCACCUUCAAACAAGAAUGUAAGAUCAAAUAUUCGGAGCAGGUGUACGACUCCUGCAUGGAGGCAUUUGAUUGCCUUCCCCUUGCAGCCCUGAUGAACCAGCAGUUUCUGUGCGUGCAUGGGGGCCUUUCGCCAGAGAUUCACACGCUGGACGACAUCAAAAAGUUGGACCGAUUCAAGGAGCCGCCGGCGUUUGGGCCCAUGUGUGACUUGUUGUGGGCAGACCCACUUGAAGAUUUUGGCAAUGAAAAGACCCAAGAGUACUUUGGACACAAUACAGUCAGAGGUUGCUCCUAUUUCUACAGUUACCCAGCAGUGUGUGAGUUUUUACAGACCAACAACUUGCUUUCCAUCAUCAGAGCACAUGAAGCACAGGAUGCUGGGUACCGUAUGUACAGAAAGAGUCAGACAACAGGAUUUCCUUCUCUCAUCACAAUUUUCUCUGCUCCAAACUACCUAGAUGUCUAUAAUAACAAAGCUGCUGUGUUGAAAUAUGAGAACAACGUAAUGAACAUCCGUCAGUUCAAUUGCUCUCCUCACCCGUACUGGUUGCCUAACUUUAUGGACGUCUUCACUUGGUCUCUGCCUUUUGUGGGAGAAAAAGUGACAGAGAUGCUGGUCAAUGUCUUGAGCAUCUGCUCUGAUGACGAACUCAUGAAUGAUGGCGAUGAGAUCUUUGAUGCAAGUGCAGCUGCAGCCAGGAAGGAAGUGAUUAAGAACAAAAUUCGUGCCAUAGGGAAGAUGGCUAAAAUGUUUUCAGUUCUACGGGAAGAGAGUGAGAACGUGUUGACCCUGAAAGGCCUGACCCCCACUGGUAUGCUGCCAAGCGGAGUGCUGUCAGGGGGCAAACAGACUCUGCAGAGCGCUACCAUUGAGGCCAUAGAAGCCAUCGAGACAGUUAAGGAUGCUGAAGCCAUCCGAGGCUUCUCCCCGCAGCAUCGAAUCAGCAGUUUCGAGGAGGCCAAAGGUCUGGACCGAAUCAACGAGAGAAUGCCACCGCGGCGUGACGCCAUCAACAGUGUGGGCCUGUCAAUGGGCCGAAUGAAUAUGGGAGAGCCCAACGGGACCGACAGCAACAGCAAUAUACAGUGAUGGAUGCGUACUGUCACACGGCCAGUCACAGUUACUGCAGUUACAACACCCUUAUAGCAACAUCCUUACUGAUAUCUGUACAUAGACAUACUCAAUACGCAAACGCAUCGCACACAAAUGCAGUAUUUCAAACAUUUGUUUCAAACAGACACACAUGAUAACCUACCCCUUCUCUUUGCUAUAUGUAAAGGCAUAAGCGUGGUCGGACUUUACAAAGGCUUCUCUAUUUAGAGAACUGCAACUCCCUUGUACCUGCACAGAGGAAAGAAACUACUGAAUGAGCAGAACGGGAGAAGCUACUAUUCACUGUGCAUGUCAGAGAGCCCCUGUGGGUGGACAGUGUCAGCGUGGUGCGACUGUGUCGGUGGAAUGUGUCGUGUUGACAAGGAGCGGCCACCAGGGACAUCUUGUUCCUGUUUUGCAUCCAAAAGCCAGAAAUGGAACCAAACUUACAAUACUAUGUUUUUAUGGGAUUGCUAAUAUGCUUUAACAACGUCCAUGCAGUAAUAUUUGACAAACGUCUUGUUCUUCACCCGAAAAGAAGAAGAAAAAAAAAAGAACAAGGGAUGAUGGCUUGAUGAGCCCGCAUUUGAUAUUAUUGGGAGGAGAUUAUUGUUUGCUUUUGUAGCACAACACCUUCAUUUUAGAGUGACUGCCCACUCACCUCUUUUGGUCUCAGGCUAAACAGCUCUCGGGGAUAAAAAGGUCUGAAACUAGGCUGUGAUUGGAAGCAAGUGUCUCAUGAGUUUUGUAGUAAGAAAUAGAAGACUUUGAACGUUUGUAUUGCACACCUGAUGCAAGAUGCAGUUUAGCAGAAUUGGAAUGCGCUGUGUAUGUGAGGGAAGGGGAGUUAUAAUGUGAAGUCGUAGUAAAUUAAUUCCCUUUCCAUAACCUUAUUGCUACCAAAUGGCAGUGACAGCCAACAAUCUCUGGGCUAGAAAAUAGGAAAUUAUAUUUUACAGCUGCCAAGACCAGAAGAAAUCAGAGGGAUACGUCUUUGUAAAGCAUUUAUAUUAACGCAUCGGUGCAUGCAGAGUUAAGUUAUUUGAUAAUAAUGUGAAUUAUAUUUGUGCUCUGUGUUUCACUACAGUAGGAUUUUUAUUUUCUGUUUUUCUGGCGAUAUGAACUGAGGAAUAACGAAUAAUUUAUUUUGUACAUAAUGUUAAAUCGCUUUUUUGUAUUCACUUUGUGUUUUAUUAUGUUGACUUUACUUCCCAGUUCUUUUCAUCACCUGCUUCCCAUUUCUUUUAGCGCUGUACACAAUGACAGUACACUCGGAAUCAAAAGUCCACAUUAAAUCCUCUGUUCUUUGUCAGUGUACAGGAAUUGUUAAAUGAAAUACAAAUUUGUAGUGAAUGACCACACUAUAUACAGAGGCACAGGCAUUCGGGCAGGCAAAAGCAUGAUUGCAUGGUAAAAAGAAGAAAUUGCGUAUUUAAAGCAACAAACAGCAAGACAUUUGAGCAGAAUAAUGUUGCUGUUACAAUUUAAAAGCGAAGUGUACACAAAUCUUGAUUCCUGUUUUUUGGAUAUUUAUGGUUCGAUGAUUAUUAUAUUUACUAUGAACAUUAUUCUUAAUAUUUAAGCUCUGGCUCUCUCUCUCUGCUAGUUGCUCUUUAUGUUGCGUUGCCCCUUGGUUGAUCUUGCUGUGAUUCUUUUGGAAAGGUGAACCCACCAAACCCUGGAAAUCCCGUGCCAUAGCGACUGUGCCACGGUUCUCUCUCUCUCUCUCUCUCUCUCUCUCUCUCUCUCUCUCUCUCUCUCUCUCUCUCUCGCUCGCUCUUUUGCUUUUCAACUCUCCAUUCACUAACACUGUAAGCAUGCCCCAUGGGACAGUCCACUUUUUUACUCUUGAAUAAAAUAUGCAUGAACCUUU